CUCAGCUGAACCUUUCAAUCAGAGUCAUGUUCAAGAAACACUUUUUCAGGUUCCAGGAAAGUUAAAGAAAGUACUCAUGCAUGAGGUUUGGACUAAGCAACAAAUUUGAAGCAGAAUUUCCUUCAUCUUUAACUGGAAAGGUUGCACCUGAAGAAUUUAAAGCCAGCAUCAGUAGAGUUAACAGUUGUCUUAAGAAGAACCUUCCAGUUAAUGUACGAUGGCUACUAUGUGGAUGCCUUUGCUGCUGCUGCACUUUAGGUUGUAGUAUGUGGCCAGUUAUCUGCCUCAGUAAAAGAACACGAAGAUCGAUUGAGAAGUUAUUAGAAUGGGAAAACAAUAGGUUAUACCACAAGCUGUGCUUGCAUUGGAGACUAAGCAAAAGGAAAUGUGAAACGAAUAACAUGAUGGAAUAUGUCAUCCUUAUAGAAUUUUUACCAAAGACACCGAUUUUUCGACCAGAUUAGCAUUUGAUUUAUUUAUAGAGACUUAUUCAAGUAUGUUGUCUUUCCAAUGGUGCCUUGCUUGGUGCUCUCCUGGUGGUGACAUAUUAUUGGUUCUACAGAAUCUUGUGGUGUUUUCAUUCUUUUUUGUUUGGUUUUUUGUUUUGUUUUGCUGUUUGUAUUUUUUUUAAAAUAAGAGCAUGUUCUAAGUGCAUUUGGUCAAACUCUGCAAAGUCAUUUCACGCAAAUGUUAACUACUACUUAAGUUAUUGUUACUUUUACUACUUCUGUUUAUUAAUGUAUCUUGAUUUUCGAAGAGUCUUUUAUAUGUGUGCACGCGUGUGUGUACAUAUAUAUAUGUAUUACUACAAAUACACAGC